ACGGCGCUUCUUAGGUGCUUCGGGUCGCUCAUGAUAUUUCCCCAGCCCCAUUCCCUUACUAGUUACCCCUUAGUUCACGCACUAGCUUGGUCUUAAAAGAAUUUCGUCUUUGCGACCAAUUGGGCUGCGGCCUUGGACGUACCACUCGAUGAGGGACCCGAAGCAUGUCAUAAUAAUAAAUUAUAAUAUGCUGAUGCGAAAGGUCGAAACUCUCGAAACAAACAAGUCACUUGCGUCACGUCCCCCGAAGGCAUACACAUUUCCUGCCCAAUUGAGGUUUGAUAUCCCGUCUCCCGCUGUCAUGACUUUGCUUUGGCUUGGGGAAGCACAGCCUGCGCCCUCUGUAUUCUUUCCCUUCGGGGCGAGGCACAUAAUCAGCCAUGGGAAUGGCACAAAUAAGCACCGUGUACAACACGUGUAUCUUCAGUACGGUAUUGUACGCAAUGUAUCUACGCCUUGUGGUCACUGCCCUGUCCUGCCCUGUGCUCUCUUGCCCUUGCUACCCAACACCACACCAAGGGGAAAUCCGGGGAAAGCGAAUUUCUCGCAUAAAUCAUCGCCUGCUUUCCUGUUCUCCCUUUUUUUUUUUUUUUUUUUACUUCUCACAUUCCGUCCUUUUCCUUCACCGUGGCUACCAGCGUGUUGACUGCUCCCCAAUACUCCCACUCGCACUCCCACCCGGUGCACUCACGCCAAUAUCAUUCGCUGUCUGACUAUCACCUUGCCCGUUCCGCCACCGGCUCCCUCUCUCG